UGCCGGGUGACGGCUCGGUCUUUUCCCGGCUCGGCUUGGCUCGGUUUUAGGGAUUCUUGUGUGAACCGUCACGAAGGGAUUUUGGCGUGGAUUUUUGACGGAGAGGAGAUGAAGCUGGCAGACGACAACGGAGCGUCCGACUCUGAAGUGAGCGAGGAUGCCGACCUGCUGAGCAGCAGGGAGGACCUGAAGGCGUCGUGCGCCAAGGAGAUGGCUCUGCUGGCUCUGAUGGAGAAGACGGGCUACAACAUGGUGCAGGAGAACGGGCAGAGGAAGUACGGCGGCCCGCCACCCGGGUGGGAGGGGCCGGCGCCGCCGCGGGGCUGCGAGGUCUUCGUGGGGAAGGUUCCCAGAGACAUGUACGAGGACGAGCUGGUGCCGCUGUUCGAGAGCGCCGGCAGGAUCUACGAGUUCCGACUCAUGAUGGAGUUCAGCGGCGAGAACCGCGGCUACGCCUUCGUCAUGUACACCAGCAGGGAGGAGGCCGUCAGGGCCAUCCAGAUGCUGGACGGCUACGAGGUCCGACCCGGAAGGUUCAUCGGCGUCUGCGUGAGUCUGGACAACUGCCGCCUCUUCAUCGGCUCCAUCCCCAGAGACAGGAGGAAGGAGGAGAUCCUGGAGGAGAUGAGGAAGGUGACAGACGGCGUGGUGGACGUCAUCGUGUAUCCAAGUUCCUCAGACAGGAACAGAAACCGCGGCUUCGCCUUCGUGGAGUACGAGUCCCACAAAACGGCUGCCAUGGCCAGGAGGAAGCUCAUUCCAGGAACCUUCCAGCUGUGGGGGCAUCCCAUCCAGGUGGACUGGGCGGAGCCAGAGAAGGACAUGGAGGAGGAGGCCAUGCAGCGCGUCAGAGUCCUCUACGUGCGGAACCUGAUGCUGGACACCACGGAGGAGACCCUCCGCAGGGAGUUCUCGCGCUUCAAGCCCGGCAGCGUGGAGCGCGUCAAGAAGCUGACCGACUACGCCUUCGUCCACUUCCGCAGCCGCAGCGAGGCGCUCGCCACGCUCGCAGUGAUGAACGGCGUCCAAAUCGACGGCACCACCGUGGAGGUGUCGCUGGCCAAACCCACCGGGAACAAAGAGCCAGUGGGGGGGAGGAGGAACAGCAGCAGGGGAGGAGGAGGAGGAGGAGGUGAUGAGACGUUUCCUCUUUGGCGCAAUGGCGAGAUGAUGAACGGACGCUCUUCACUCAGAAACCUGCCCCUGCACAAUCGCAUGGGAAACCCCUUUUGUGGUCCCGGAGGUGGAGGAGAGCCGGAGCGCUGCAGGCUGCCUUUGCUCCCAUGCACCCCCCUGGCCCCCACCAGCCUGCUGUCGCUGAAGCCCAGUCAGAUCAACUCGGCCGUCACGCUGCUGGAGUACCACUGCCGCAGGAACUGCUGGCCCCCGCCCGAAUACCACCUGUACUCCACGCCGGACCAGGACGGGAACCUGCUGCUGCUCUACAAGGUGGUGAUGCCGUCUGCGCAGGGGACCUUCAUCCCCGACAAGCUGUGUCUGCUGCUGGAAGACGCCAAGGAGGUCGCCGCCCACAACGCCCUCUGGAACCUGGACCUCUACUUUAGCAGAGCCUCCUGCAGGUCCCCCAGCUCCUCCUCCUCCUCCACCCUGUCCCUGCCCGACUCCAGCUCCAGCAUCCUGACCUGCGGCGCCCAGCCCUUUCCCUCCUGCCUGUCUCCUCCGCCUCCGCCUCCUUCGCCUUUCCCCACCUUCUCCUCCUCCCCCCAGCCUCAGAGGCUCUUCAUGAACUCCCAGUCUCUGUUUUACUGACGGAAGAAGAAAGGCGGGGCUUCCUGUUAGUUAUGAACGAAGUUCGACGCCAUCUUCAUCCCUUCAUCUCAUGUCUGUGUUCAAAAAGAAAGUAAAGUUCCUCCCGUUCCACAAGCUCCUCCUCCUUUGGUUUCACCUGCAGCUCCGCCUGAGCUCAGAAAAUCCGCUUGGGUUCAGUUUUCAGGGAAAAUCUGCAGAUUUUUGACAAACAAAAAUCCAUAAACAUAUUUAUUUUCAAAUAAAAAAAUAAUGAUGAUUAGUUGUUUAAAUAAAGCUUUUAAAAAUAGACAUUUUUUUAUUUUUUUUAAUUUAAACACCCAUUUUUACAUGUGAUUGGUAGAGUUUAAAGGUAAAUUCAAUCUUUUAAAAAAAAAAGUCUUCGUAUAUUUUGAAAAUAAUUUGUUUAGUUCAUUUCUGAAGAAGACUGUAGACACUACUGACAUAAAUGUUAAGAUGCAUCUUCAUCAUCAUCAUCAUCAGAGGAGGAGGGGCUUUUGAACAGAGGAGUUUGAUGCUGUAUUGCAGUUCAAAUGAGAGUUCUGCGUUUCUAUCGAUGGUUCAGUUCUUUUGAUGAUUCAUGAGGCUUUGGUUCAUCCAUCGCUCACAUGUUUGUUGGAAGUUCUCUGCUUUCAAAAACUGUUUUCUUCUUUUCUCAAACAACUUUUCUUUGCUUUAAUUUUAGUCCAACUUUCAAAUUGACGUCCCAAUCAUAACUGUGAAAAUCAGCCGUAUUUAUUAAAAACCCAAAGACUGAAGCAGAUAAAAAAUCAAAAAGUAAAUAUUCUAGGUAAAAGUGAUCAUAUGUAUUUAAAAAAUGCUCAAAAAUCUAUAACCAAUGGAAAGAAGUGUUGAUUAUUAAAUGUUCAGCAGAUGAAGAUAA